AUGACAGAUCCGAUCACAUCGUUAACGAAUAAAUGCAACGAUUCAGGCCCUUGGCACAUGUUUGCACCGGCUAUGGACACACGAAAUAAAUGUGGAGAAGCGAAAGGAAUUUUCGAAAUUAAAGGUGCUAAACUUGAACCGAAAUUCUUUUUUAAUUAUUUAGAUAUCAAAGAAGGUCGCUACAGACUUCGUAUGUUGGUUCAUCUCCCUGGAAAAUCCUUCGAUGUUAAGAAUUUACGUGGCUGUGUUGAGUUGGAUUUCGACGUCGUUAAUUGA